AUGCAUCAAAAACUCCUCCUCACAACGCUCCUCCUCCUCCCAACUCUCUACGCAGCGCCCGCCCCUGCUCCUGUCCCAGCACCUGCACCCAAUCCAGACACCGAACACUAUUCCUACUCCCCACCCUCCCCCAGUCUCUCCAUUCCAUCUCUCCCCCUCCCACCUCUCCCCACCACCCCUUCCCUCUCAUCCUCUUCGGGUUCCGGUUCAAGCGGGGGUCUGGGUGGUCUUGGUGGUCUUUUGGGCGGUUUACUCGGAGGUUUGGGAGGUUUGGGUGGAGGUGCUGGUGCUGGUGCUGGUGCUGGUGCUGGUGCUGGUGCUGGUAAUGGUGUGGUUCCGUUGCCUGCUGUUUCGAUCAUUCCUGCUGGUUCAAUCAUUCCUGGUGUGUCGGUGCCGUCGUUGCCUACUAGUAGGUAUAUUCCUACGCCUGUUCCUGUUGUUUCGGCGACGAUUCCUGUUGGUGGUGGUGGGGGUGGGGUUUCUAUUUCGGCUACGCUUCCUGUUGGUGGUGGUGGUGGUGGCUUGUCAAUUGCUGCUGGUGCAUCGGCUUCUGCUACGCUUCCUAUUGUAUCUGCCUCGCUUCCAACUGUUGGUGGUGGCUCAGGAUCGGGAUCAGGAUCGGGAUAUAAUGGUGGUGGUGGCAGUGGCGGUGGAAGCAGUGGCAGUGGAAGUGGACCAAGCAUAUCUGUUUCCGUCCCACUUCCAGGCAUAUCUGCCUCCGUCACGAUACCAAGCGUAAGUAUUUCCGUCGGUGGUGUUGGAACUUCCGAUCCCGUUUCUACUUCGCUACCUGGUGCUACAAUCUCAGUGACUCAACCCGGUGGACCAAUCAUUCCAACUUCUGUCACUGGUGGAUCUGAUGGUUCUGGUGAUGGUAGUUGUGCGGCUAAGGAUUUAUCGACAUAUACACUUGUGAUUGCAACCGCGAUUCCCGAGACCAGUACUAGUAUUUCGCUUUACACAGUUCCAGUUGUUCAAACCAUUUCUACAAAUAUUGUGCAGGUUAUUUAUCAGACGAUUACUGUUCCUACUACUGUGUUUAAGACGAGUCAGAGUACGGUCACUACUACGAUUGUUGCAAUUUCUACUUCUACUAGUCUUCAAACUUCUCUUACUGCCAUCUGCCAAGGCGGUGGUAUAGCUCCUACACAAUCUGUUUCUAUUCCAGGUGGAUCCAGUGCCAAUGGAGCUGCAAGCUCAAGUGCACCAGGUGCUACUAUUAGCGUUGGACUUCCAGGUGGUGGAUCUAGCGGUAGUGGUAUCACGACCCCAGGUGUACCAGGGGCUACCAUCAGCGUUGGACUCCCAAGUGGAGGAAGUGGAGGUGGAGGCGGUGGAAGCCCAAGUGGAAGUGGAGGAAGCGGAGGUGGAUAUUACUCAAGCGCUGGAUAUUACUCCAGAAUCUAA